GGCACUGCUCAGUUGUAGUUCAUCCGUCAGCUCGCUAGGUGGUGAUAGGCAGAUGAUACCAACGCACCAGCAGCACACAGCAAGAAAUGGAUUCCUUUCGUGAUGUGCACGUCUGGUUGCUUAUUUUGAUUGUGGGAAGUGCUGCAGCCAUACACUACGACUGUCUACCAUCGAAAGUAUUGGAAGGCAAGGAAACACCAUCGUGUCUACUGAACGGCGUUACGCUACCAACCGCGGAACAUUUGCAGAACGUCACAUUCAGCUCCAACCAUGCCGCUGUUACGAUGGAGCAUGGACACAUUCCGCACUUUGAAACCGAACUCGCCAAAAAGCUCCCAAGGGUAGAAGACCUUAGCCUGAUAGGAAUGGGCGUUCGGACCCUGCUUAUUUGGCGUAGCUUGAAGCAUCUGUCAGCGUACAACAACAGCAUCGAAACGCUCGAGUUCGACGAUGGUACAGGUGCGAAACUCGGUGGUGAGUACGAGCUAACCUCACUGGUGCUGAACGGUGGCCUUCUGAAAUCCGUACCGCCGCUCGGUAGCAGAUUCAAUCGUUUGAAGCUUCUCUCGCUCGAUAACAACCUUCUGGAGCAGGUGAAGCUAGAGGAUUUCGUGGGUUUAACCCACCUACAAAGCCUAUCGCUUGCCUCUAACCGACUGAUAAAGGUCGAGUUUGGUGGCUCAUCUGACCAUGCCGGUAUAGCGCUGCUCAAGUUAAUGCAUCUGUCCCUUGCCGACAACCAGCUGCUCACCCUCAACACGACCGGCUGGGAGUUCGGGUCACUAGCGUCGCUCGAUCUGUCCGGCAACAACCUAUACCUACUCGCCGGAGGUCUGGACAGCUUGGGGGCACUGAAGGAGCUGCGAUAUGCUCGAAACGAUUGGAACUGUGAGUGGUUGAGUAAAGUGCAACUGCAUCUCACCAGCGAAGCGAUCGCGAUCGUUGAUCGUGAACCCCUGGGUCGGUGCGCCGAAUCGUCGAUGAAGGAACUGCAAGGUAUCUGCUGUUACGAGCACGCCGAACUCGACUACUCGACGGAUGUAUUCGGAACUCGGUGGGAGCAGCUGGCUGGAUUGCAGCGCCAGUAUGAACUGCUCCAAUACGCGCACGAUGUGCAGACCGUUAAGGAAUCGGAAGCCCUCGUUGAUGAAGAUCGUGUAUUCCGGAGUCGUCUCGAUCGAACGAAUCAGGCCCAGGAUGGACUCGAGCACACCUUGAAGCAUCUUCAAUCGAACGUAGCACGUGAGGUGGAGCGAAUGGAUCGCCUUUCGGUCGGUGUUACUCGCUCGAUGACGGAGCUUCGCCGAUCGUUGAACGAUCUGUACCAGCUUAUCAUUCAACCGGAACCAUCACUCGAUACAAUCCGUCAGCAGACGGCAACGGGAAGCGUUAAGCGAAUUAAGGCAGCUAUCGAAAAGCUACGCCGAGGUAUUCGCGAGUACGCCGGGAGUACGGAAAUGCGCGAGAACCGCAUUCAAAGGCUGGGUGAGCGACUGGCAGUGGUAAAUGGUAAGAUCUUGCAGUUCGAGCUGGAAAACAAGCUGCUGGAACAGCGUGCUACAGACCUGGAGGCAACGGUAAAGAUGGCUUUCGACCUGAUCGAUCGUAAUCCAUCGAAACCACUAGCGACUCGUGGUAUAGCAUAAACAAGUGAAGAGCAUCUAUUUAGGUAUCAGGAAGAUUUUGUUUUGUUGGGGUUGAAUAAAGUUCUAGAGACCAUUUCGUCGGUUUUACUGUA